AUGAAAGCAGUGGCCUCAACCCAACGGCAUCAGCAAGAACAGAGAGCCUUCAGGGCUUUGUGCUGUGGAUGCAGUUGUAAUUGCAGGUUGAGUUUUUCGUCUUCUGAAGAAGUAGAAAGCUUCAGGUCUGAGAGAUUCCCGUCGGUCUCCAGCAUAGCCCACGCCAUGGUUCAGGAGAGACUCGACCAAAUGAUAAGGGAAAAUCGAGAGAUGAAACAGAGUAAAGAACGAAGGAAACAGAGAUGUGAAGACACCAAAUUUGUUGUAAUGGUGGCGAGGGAGAAAUGCUCUGAUGACCCCAGAGAGGACUUUAGAGUUUCGAUGAUGGAAAUGAUUUUGGCUAACCGAAUUGAGGAGCCAAAGGAUCUACGUAGCCUGUUGAACUAUUAUAUCUCCAUGAACUCAGAUGAGUGUCAUGGGGUCAUCUUAGAGGUAUUCCAUGAGAAACAAGUUAGCAAGAUCUCUGAGAGAGAGUACAGAAUUUUGAUGGGAAAAUGGAAAGUUGUGGACUGA